CAUCAUAGUGUGUGUUCACUUACAUGUGUUGUGGGUCGUAAGUACGUUACCAUUGCUGUUCACCAACAGUCGUUUUCAAACUGGUGGCAGGGUGCGUCCUUUUGGCUCGCAACACGAACACAAUAUCUGAUUUCAGCAUUUCUGACCCGAGAAGAUUUGCAUGCGAGAAAGCUUGCGAAUAUUUUUUUCUCGUCACCGUUCAUUAGUGCGUACAUUCCGUCGUAUGUCAUUAAAUGAUGAAUUCAGUGUGGUAGUUGAAAUAAUUUUGUAUUAAGUUCAUUGCCAAUUUAUCGCAGUAUUGUUGUACUGAACGUUAAUCUUCGUGUUUUUUUAUUCAUUAUCUGAGUGAGCUCACACACACACACACACACACACACACACACACACACACACACACACACACACACACACACACACACACACACACACACACACACACACACAAAAAAAAAAAAAAAAAAAAAAAAAAAAAAAAGACGAAAAUAUAAACUGUAAAUUUUUACUAGUAGCACUUAACAUUCCCUCUUCUCUGUUGCCUUCCUUUUUCUCUUACUAUCCUGGCUCUUACGUGUAUGAUCUGGUUCCCCGACUAUACCUAGCAGUUGGAUCGACGAUAUCCGACAUGGCACCGAAGGAUGACCCUGCUGUAGAAAUGGUCACCUUAGGGUCCUGUGGGAAGGACGUCACCGGAAGAUCUCCAUAGAUUUGUGGUCCAGGAUAUUUGUCAGAGCAGGUAUUAAGCCGCCCCAGGAUGCAGUGGAAGGGCGCCGCCUGUCGGGACGCCCGUAGAUCCAGCGAAAGAACAGGAACUCGCUAGAGCAGAUACCAGUCGCCUGAUGAUGCUGUGGAAGGGCGCUGCCUGCCUGGACGCCCGCAGAUCCAGCCAAACUCCAGAAGAUUGUCAACGCAGAUAUAACGAGGAUGCCGAAGAGGCCUCAUGCCCGGACGCCCAUAGAUCCAGACGAUUGCGAGGACGUCUGGACGAGCACGCAGCCGAGAAGGACCUGGACGUGAUCUGCGAGGAUGUGAGGACGAGGAUGCCGCCGAGUUAGGUCUGGACGAGAACUACGAGGAAGUCUAGACGAAUCCGAAUUCAAGGGGGGCCUGUGCUAGACCUUCAAGGACGAAUGGAUUAUACCAAGGACCUGGAGGAAGAGGACGACAAGGACGAGCGGCCACGAAGAUGGACCAAGGACAACGCACACGAGAACGAGAUGACCAGCCAAUCAGGACCAGCCAAAGUUGGGUCACUCCUUGAGGCCAAUCUAAGGCGCCUCGAGGGCGAGGCGUUAGCAGGUGGUCGAGCAAUAUAGCAUGUCUGUAAGCCAUUAGAGCAAUAGACCACGUGGCUCUUUGCCACGUGUCUCUUGGUCAAAUUUAGAACCAACACACCAGCGAGGACUUUGAUGACGAUUAUAUCUGACCUCGUCUGACCUCUCAAUUCGCUCCCAGCAGUCGCCGCAAACAGACAAGAUGUUGAACGAUGAAGUCGAUGAGGUCGAUGAGCCCUGUGUAUGUCCCGUUCCAGAAAGAGGUGGCCUUCCAGAGGCCAUGUACUGGGCUGCACGUAACGGAGACAUGGGCAAGGUUAAAUCGUGGCUGGAAGGAGGAGGCGAUGUCAACGCAGCGGACCACGAAGGGGACACGAUGCUGCGAGGAGCGUGCCGUGGCGGCCAGAUCGCUGUGCUUAUGAUACUCCUGAAGAACAACGACCUGCAUCUGAACGUCAGGGACAGUGACGGACGAACACCCCUAAUGAAAGCAGCCAGACGGGGGCAGGAAACGGCAGUCCGUAUCAUGUGCGCUGCGAAGCUGAAGUGCAAGCUGAAUAUCACAGCGCAAGAUCACCAGGGAAAUACAGCCUAUUCACUAGCUUUGCAGAAUGAAUUUCCAAAAAUAUGUCGCCUUCUGUCACAAGAAUGCCAUGGAGCUCUUCCAGCGCAAGACACCGCAGUGGGAUCAGCUGUGCACAAGAAGAAGAAGAAGAAGAAGCAUCAGGCCAAGAAUCAGGAAAAGAAAGAGAAGAACUCUAGUGAUGCUUUGAAUUUAGGCACACUGCAAAUCCAGAGUUCCUCAAGCGACGAAACAGAAACAGAGACAAUGCUGGCGACCGCAAGUCCGCCAGUCCAGGCCAUGGAAUCGCGGCAAGUGCCAGUUCGUGAAAAUGUCUACAUCAGAACGUCUGACCGCCGUGGCCGUGUUUGCAUAUUGAACUAUAAGCAGUUUCCCUCAAGACAAGAUUUGCUUAGAAAAGGAUCUGAACAUGACUUUAUGAACCUUGAAAAAUUGUUCACGGCUCUUGAGUAUGACGUUCAAGGCUACUGGAAUUUGGAUAAAGAUCAAACUUUACAAACCCUUUCACAGUUUGCCCAACACGAGCAAUUUAUAUUUGCGGAUUGUGCGAUCAUUAUCAUCAUGAGCCAUGGAGAGAAAGGACCGGUUUUUAAGACCUCUGAUAUGCAAGAUAUAUCAGUUUCUACAGUUUGCAAUAUAUUCCUGGACAAAAAUUGUCCGCACCUGAAAGGAAAACCUAAGAUAUUCCUCUUCAAUUUUUGUCGGGGAAUAGAUCGACAUGAGUCAUCAAGCUUAUCAACAGACACCGUUGCUGAGCCACCCCGUGAUAUGUUGUGCGUUUAUUCCACAACAGAAUCCUUUGUCUCUUAUAGAGAUCUUGAAAGAGGGUGCCCGUUUGUCACUACAAUGUGCGAUGUUAUUGCUAAAUAUUCCUCUACUCUGGAUUUAGAAGCUUUACUCAGGAAAUUUAAUGAAUUAUAUAUGCCCGAUGUUACACCAGAGAUACAAAACUUUAGAUUUCAAAAGAAGUUUUACUUUUGAAUGAUAAUGAUAACCCUUACUGUAAAAUGAGACUUAUGAAUGCAACUUAAUGGAAUACAGAUAUUUUUUCUCACAUUUGAAUUCUGUUGUAAAGAUUUAUAAUACUUAUGAUCCUUCCAUUUUGAACAUUGCUGUUAUUGUUAGUAUUUGUUUAAGUUCCUGCUAUUUCAGCUUAUUUUUUAUUUUAAACAAAAUCAGCUCAAAUUCACUUGAAUGCUGUUAUAUCUUAAGAGCUGGUGUACACAAGUGUGAAGGAAGUUCCCUUUGCACACAUAAGGUCGACGGCCUCUUGUGGUUUCCUACAAUAAGAUUCAUACAAUGUACUAGUAUCCUAGACCAAGAUGUGUUCAGUAGCUCGUUGGGCUGAGUUCGUGUGCCAGUCUGAUGCUGAUAGCAAUAAGGGCCCCACCCAUUACUGGCAUGUAGGAAGGUGGUAACCUAUUUAUUUUAUUUGGCUGCCGACAUAAUGUAUUGUAUUGUUUUUACAAACAUUGGUGGAAGAGGUAGAAGCAUAGCAUUCUGCACGAAUUUGUAUUUACUUCAUCCACUUACUUUGGACCGUAAAAUUUUCUUACUAAUUCUUAUUCUUAAUUAGUUAUCAACACUUACUGUAUUGUUUACAUUCGGUUGUUUUUGUAAUGCUAAUUACAAUGUAUCUUAUAUUCAUAUAAUCUCAUAUUUUUCUAAGUCUUACAGUGUUUUCUUUAGUAUUAUAGAUUUACAUUAAGGUCUGUUUUGCUUUGAUUCAACGUGCAAGGUUAGUUCGGACUAAAACACAAGGAAACAGGUGGCCAAGUGACACUGCUUGUGUUUUUUUCAAAUGGUUAAUGGUUAAUGAUUAAAAAGCAAAAUAAAUGUGCAGGACAUAAACGGUCAUAUAGCACUGUAGAAAGGUGUAAUAAUGAAAAGGAUAUAGAGGGGAGUUCACUGUUGAGGGAGAAUGGUGUAAUGGUUAGCGGUUAGAGAACACAAACGUACUAGACAUCAAAGGCACUAUAGUAACGUAUCGUGGCAAAAUUGAGUUAACGAUUAAGAUAAGAUAUUAUAUGUCAAAGGGUGUAGAACGCUGUAACAUAGAAUGGUAGUGAAAAGGGUAUAGAGGGGGAAUAAAUGGAAUACAGUGGGGAUUUGUAAAAGGAGAAGGGGUUAAGGGUGUAGGGCGAUCAGAUCUAAUGGAGAGAACGUGUCUGAGUAAGGGAGAGUAUGAGGAAACCUGCAAAAGAGCCAUUAGGAAGCAAUGAAAGGGUAAAAGGGUUAGAAUGGUAGUUGUAGAAGUAGGAGAUGAAUCCUGAGAAUGAGAUGGGGAACAGGAGAAGGUGGUGAAUUUAAGGUAGAAUGUCCGGAGGGGAGGGGUUCGGGAAAGGACAUUGUUGUGGUAUAAAGGUGGGAGUGGUAAGGAUAAUGGGGAAGAAAGAGGGAAUGGUGAUGCACAUGGAGGAGAGGAUGGUGUUUUUUCUUUCGUGAAGUGGGAGGAAGCGGGGUAGGGGGAACUUGAAGAGAAAGAGAUAAAUACUUUGAAUGUAGAAUGAAUAUGGUCAGAGGGAUUGGAGGUAGAUGAGAGAGUGGAGUAUUCUCUUGGGUCGUGCUUAGGAAGUUUUGGUCUUUAAGAGUUUCUGGAGGGGAGUUGGGUGGGGAGGGCUGAAAAACAAAGGUUUUCUUAUGUGCAGAAGAGGGAAUAGAUGUCCAAGGAACAGAUGGAGAGUUGGGUGUAGGAGAGGAUGUGGUAGGAGAUGAGGUGGAGCGUUUAGAUUGUCUAGUGCGACAGUGAGAGGGAGAAGGGGGAGGGGUAGGCACAGGGGAAUCCGUACGUAUUAGAAGUAUCUGGAUUUAGAUUGAAUAAGGAAUAUGACUGGGAGAGAGAGGGAGUAGAGAUAGGAUGGUCUAGGGUAUAGGGAAGAGAUACUGGGGGAGAUGCUGAAACUUUGAGAAAAUGGGAGGGGAGCAGAAUGAAGUACAGUUUUGGAAUAGGUAGAAAGAGAAAAACCUCGUCGGUGUACUUCUUGUCCGGCCUUUCGUAGAGUGAGGCCUAGUUUGAAUCUGAGAACUGCUACCUCAGAUUCGAGCUUGUAGACAGGGCAGCUCCUAUAAAUCACACUGAGCCACCACAAUUGACACAUGUGCGUGAAUGAGCAGAAAAAUCUGAACGGUCAUAAUUAGGUUGGGCGCAUAGAGGACAGUGGCCUGUUGAGCAACACCAACAUUUCUGACAUUGACUGGGACGAUAUGGUCGUACAGGGCAGGACACUCCACUAAUGUAAACUUCAUGGGGGAGGUUAUGUCUAUGGAAGCUAAUCUUGGUGAUAUUGGUGUAGGACUUAUGUUGGCCUCUGGGAGGAAUAGUGCAGCACUGGACUGCUACUGCAUCACAGUUGAUGAGGCAUGCAAUCAAGUCGUUUUCAUAAUCUGCCCAGUCCUUGUCGUUUACAGGACACUCAGUCGGGGAAACGGAAACAGUUCCGGUUCAAGUAUUAAGGGAGGAGAGAGAUAGGGUAGAUAGUCCACGAGCUUAGGAGGAGAAGGGUAUUGUUAGAAGAAUCGAUCCCACUUAGCUGGGCCAAAAAGGGUUCUCAAAGGUGGAAGCAGUAGAAGGACGAGAGCGGGAGGAAGAUGGGGUGGUAUGGGGAGAGGUAGCACUGUUAGGAGGACCAUAAGGAUAAAUAGUAGUAAUAAGGGGGUGUGGGUAGACAAUGAAGAAGAAUGUGCAGUAGGAGAUGGAGUGGAGGAUGUUGGGAGAGAGGAAGGGGUGUAUUCUAAAGGUUGAGUAAUGACCUGGGUGGUUGGUUCGGAUUGGAUAGAGUUAACCACAAAAAUCGAUGGGGGGAUAUUAGUAUCAGUAGUCGGAGCUGUGCUCAAAGGAGAGGCAGGGGUUUGGAAGUUGAUGAAAGGGCAAGCCCCUAAUAAGGGUAAAAAAAAUCUUCAUUAUUGGCCAUGAUGAGCCUGAAAUAAAUGUGAGAAAAAACAGUCUACCCCUCAGGGUCAUCAUGAUGGGUAAGGGUUAGGCAGUUAACCAAGGGAAUACCGUGCCCAUGGCUCCCAGAGGCCUUCCAUGACUGACACAACAUCUGCCUUUCAUCAUUUCAGCAUGGCUCUCGCACCUUAGGAAGUGGAUAGAAGGAGAUGAAGAUGAGAAGGAAAAGGAAAGGAGGAGAAGAAAAGAACAUGCAAAAUUAGCUGAGGCGAGGGCAUGGUAGGGGUGAUUCCCUACAUUGGGUCUCAGUCUCCAUCUCCUAAGCCCCCCACAACAACAAUGAGCAAGUGUUUAGGGAGAGGGAUGGUGUAGCAAUGUACUGAUACUGCAUUAUUAAAGUUCACGAGGAAGGGAGUAGGUCUUCACCACAAUCUGACCAAUCCUUGUCAUAGGGAGGGCAGUUUGUCAGGGAGAUGGAAACAGUCCAGUACGGAGGAAGGAAUGAAGCUGGGAUGGGAUGAGUUUGCCAGGUGAGUCACUUAGGGUUGAUAUCGCUUUAGCUUGGGAUUAACUGUGACAAGGCAGGAAUGAUCUGUGGAAGGAAACUUUGCCUGCUUGUUUUUAGAGGGAUUGCUGGAAAAGAAGAAUGUUGUCAGAGUAAGGGGCUGUAGAGGGAUGAUGAAAAAUCAAUCCCAUUUGGCUGGGCUAAACAAAGUAUUCAAAAGAUUUAAAGAGGUGGAGGUAGUAGAAGGAUGGCGACAUGUGAAAGAGGGAGUAUAGUCUAGAGGGAGGUAGUACUGUGAACAAUAAGGCUGCAGAGUAUUAAUAAGGGAGGAUGUGGUAGUAGAUAAUGAAAACUGUGAGGGUGGAGGAAAUGAAAAAGAGGAUGUCGGAAGAGGAGAAAUGCUUUCUGGAUGUUGAGUAACUUACCUGGUUGGAUAAUUUGAAUUGGACUAAGGUGAUAGUAUGUAUUGAGGAUGGGGUAGCAGUCUUGAGUCAUGGUCAAAGGAGAGGCUGUGGUCGGGGAAUCAGGAGAAUAUAAAUCUAUAGGGCCUGUUGAUAAAGGGGCCUCAGAGCCACUAAUAAGGGUGUAAAAUCUUCAUUCCUGGCUGUGGUAAGCCUGGAGUAGACAACUAAACAGAGGAAUACCAAGCCUAUGGCUUCCCCAGGCUAGACAGAAACAGCCUCUCACAUUUCAACAUGCUUUCAUACCUUACAAAGUGGAUAGUAGAAGGUUGGAGAAGAGAAAGAAAGUCUUCAUUUCCAAAGGGAUGGGGGGGGGUGAUGUUUUUCAAAAUUUUUCAUUAAAGGUAAAGUUUAACUGUUUUACUCUGUAAAAAUAAUAAUACUGUUUUUCCAAAUAUCUGAUCAUAAAAGUAAUAUACAGGCCCAAGAGUAUAAUAAAACUGGUAAUAGAAGUAGACCAUAAAGGUGAUACAUUAUAUGAAAUAAAAUCUUUCCUUUGAGGUCUAGUCUUCAAGAAAACAUUUUCCCCUUUACCCAGUGAGCAUUGAUCACUAGAAGAGUUGAUUACAUAAACACAAAUCAAAAUUAAAGAUUUAUUGGGAAAAAGAUGGACAUAAUUAUACAAUUUCUUUUCCUCAAGAUCUAGAGACCGUAACUACAUUAUAAUUAUUUACUUUGAUAAUAUAUUACAAGACUUCUGCUUAGGGAAAUGCAAAUCCUUACUCAGUACUCUACUAAUAUAUACAUUAAAUAUUGCAUUUUCCAAAAUCACUACGAAUCAUAUGCAUGUACUGCAAUUAAUACUGUGAAAAUCAAUACACAUAUUGAUUAGCAUUUCAUACACACUUGUAGUACAUAAAAUACAGAGCCACAGUGAGAAAAAGAUUACCAGUAUUUAUAAAUUUUGCUUCUGGUAUUGAAGUACAGAAAAUACCAGAAGAGAUGCAAUCUUAAAAGCAUGUUCAAAAUACUUGCCAAAUUGUUGUGUACAACCAUUUAAUGUAGAAAAUAAAUGUGCUUAUUU